GAUACAUUCAAAAUAUCGUGAAUGACAUCCAUUUUGGUCCCCGGCCCUUCCCUCAUCAGCCGUCGCUCUUUCCUCUUUACGUACACCCGUUUUCUGCGGCUCCUCUUCCGUGGCCCUCAAACGGAUAACAUCAGCUUCUCACCCCGCCCAUCCGACGGUUCUUGUUAACUCUCCACCACGUGUCGCUGCCGUGAUUGCUCGUCACUUUCUCUUGCGAACCUCCCCUUCCUAUUUAACCUUAGUUAAUUUCUAACCUUAUUGGUCACAACUUAAAAUCCUUAUCCUCUCUCUCCCCAUCACUCUCCCCAACAUACACACCCUCGCGCACUCUCUCUCCGGCAGCCGCGAACUUGUCAAUGGCGCUUCAGAUCUAACGGUUCCGCCCUGUUGCUUCUACCUGAGGAGCUUGUCCUGUUUGUGCCGGCAAGGUAUUCAUUUUGCUAAACGACAUCUUUGAUUCCUUGGGAAUUCUCUGAGCCGCUUCGCAAUGCAAAGAAUGGCGUACUCGUUCCCUGAGGAGGUCCUCGAGCAUGUUUUCUCAUUUAUUCAGUCGGAUAGGGACCGUAACGUGAUCUCGUUGGUGUGCAAAUCAUGGUACGAGAUCGAACGGUGCUGUCGGAAGAGAGUUUUCAUCGGGAACUGCUAUGCUGUUAGCCCUGCGAUGGUGAUCAAACGGUUCCCGGAGAUGAGAUCCAUUUCCCUCAAAGGGAAACCUCACUUUGCUGACUUCAAUUUGGUGCCGGAGGGUUGGGGUGGCUCUGUGUGUCCUUGGAUCGCGGCUAUGGCGGAGGCCUACCCGCGGCUUGAGGAGAUCCGACUCAAGAGAAUGGUCAUAACAAAUGAGAGCUUGGAGUUGAUCGCUAAAUCCUUUAAGAACUUCAAAGUCCUCGUGCUGUCCUCCUGCGAGGGUUUUAGUACCGAUGGACUUGCCGCAGUUGCUGCCAAUUGCAGGAAUUUGAGAGAGUUGGACUUGCGGGAGAGUGAAGUGGACGACCUUAAUGGGCAUUGGCUGAGUCAUUUUCCUGAUUCGUGUACGUCAUUAGUUUCUCUCAACAUUUCUUGCUUAGGUUCUGAGGUGAGCUUCUCUGCACUUGAGCGCCUGGUCGGCAGGUGUCCCAACCUGCAGACUCUUCGUCUCAACCGUGCCGUGCCCCUUGAUAGGCUAGCCAACCUACUUGGCCGGGCUCCUCAGCUAAUUGAGUUAGGUACAGGAGCCUACUCGUCUGACAUUCGACCUGAGGUCUUAAACUUAGCAGGAGCAUUAUCUGGGUGUAAGCAAUUGAGGAGUUUGUCUGGCUUCUGGGAUGUGCUCCCAUCCUACCUUCCAGCUAUCUAUCCUAUCUGCUCUAGGUUAACAUCACUAAACUUGAGUUAUGCAACUAUUCAAAGCCUUGAUCUGAUCAAGCUUGUCAGUCAAUGCCGUAAUUUGCAUCGGUUAUGGGUGCUGGAUUACAUAGAAGAUGCUGGCCUUGAUGCCCUAGCUGCGUCGUGCAAGGAUUUAAGAGAGCUCAGAGUUUUUCCAUCUGACCCAUUUGGGUUAGAGCCAAAUGUAGCGUUGACAGAACAUGGGCUUGUUUCUGUGUCCGAAGGCUGCCCAAAGCUCCAGUCAGUUCUUUAUUUCUGUCGGCAGAUGUCUAAUGCUGCUCUAGUUACAAUUGCUAGAAACAGGCCCAAUAUGACUCGGUUUCGCCUGUGUAUCAUUGAGCCUCGAACUCCUGACUACCUUACCCUUCAACCGCUGGAUGCUGGUUUUGGAGCUAUUGUUGAACAUUGUAAGGAUCUCCAGCGUCUAUCUCUUUCGGGUCUUCUUACUGAUCGUGUGUUUGACUACAUUGGUACCUAUGGGAAGAAGCUCGAGAUGCUUUCUGUGGCGUUUGCUGGAGAGAGUGACUUGGGACUCCAUCAUAUACUUUCUGGGUGUGAUAACCUUAGAAAGCUAGAGAUCAGGGACUGCCCAUUUGGUGACAAGGCCCUUUUGGCCAAUGCUGCGAAGCUGGAGACAAUGCGAUCCCUUUGGAUGUCCUCGUGUUUGGUGAGUUUUGGAGCAUGUAAACUGCUGGGUCAGAAGAUGCCCAGACUUAAUGUUGAAGUCAUUGAUGAGAGAGGACCUCCAGAUUCAAGGCCAGAGAGUUGUCCUGUUGAGAAGCUCUAUAUAUACAGGACGAUUGCUGGGCCAAGAUUGGACAUGCCUGACUUUGUGUGGACAAUGGAAGAUGAUUCUCAAUUAAGGUUUUCAUGAUCAAACGAAUUGUACCUAUCGAACCUUGGAAUUGACAUGCCUCAAGUGUUGGAGUUGGGAAUUUCAGGUACAUGCCUUAAUGUGGUGGUCUCAAGUGAAUGCUGCUCUUGUGUAAUUGCUGUUAUGGACGCUGUUUGAGCUGGCCACGGAGAGGUACACAAGCUUCAGCUCCAUUGCCGUUCAUUUUACAGGCUGAAUACCUAGUAGCGAUUAAGGAAAACGGACGAACUUGUUAUAUGCAUGAGAUAGAGCUUGUUAUAAUUCUUCAUAGUGUAAUAUUUUGCGGACUUGUGCAAAAAUUAUGCAUGAUAUGUUUUCCGGAGUCAAGACAAUGUCAUUGUUGAACUUAACCAAUUAAAUAAUGAGAAUUCGUUAUCUAAUUCCCUGUUGCGAUAGACUUUUUGUAAUUCUGAUACAUUGGAUGUCUGAUAAUUACUUUA